UUUAGUGUUGCUAUUACUCUCACGGGAGUUGGGCCAAUUAAGCCAAAUGAGAACCAGCUGCUCCACCUUAAGACUCAGAAGCCAAAGAUGGAGACCUACAGUACACACCUUGUCUGGGUGACAUUCAUUUCUUUAUCACUGCUUCUUUUGAAAUGCGAAGCCGAUGCUGCUUCACAACAAUUUCAAGCAUCAGUUUAUAACACUGUGAAUAGUAACACGUCCCUUUGCCACGAUGGGUUCAUGUCUGUUUACAUACCAAAGGUGCAAUUUGCUGAUCUUCCUUUCACCAUUUAUGUUCAAGAUGAACACAGCGGAUAUUACCAAGCCAUUGCAAUAGCAAAACAGUGCCACUACUUCCUUGGAGAAAGUGACACCUUUAUUAUCUUAACAGUUGCUUCCCAUGGCUGUUUUGUGAAAAGACACAAAUUCAUCACAAGCCUGACUGUUGUCAUCAUGGCACUUGCAGACAGAGGAAGAGUUGAUAUUGUCAAGUCAAUACCUCUCAUCUGUAGAGGGAAAAUUAAAGAGGCAAAGAAAAAGCAUUAUCCACCAGUGCCAAGACAGUAUUCCUGCAACAAGGAUGGGUUCAACAUUACCAUCCCCCAGAAUGCCACAGUCCCACCUCUGAACCUGGAAGCAGUUUGGAUCCCUUACAGUCAAAGCCAAAAUUGUAAACCCAAAAAAAGUUCCAAGGAUGCCGUCACUUUCAACUUUCCAUUCACUGAUUGUGGCGCUCAGUCCACGGUAGCAGAUGGGAUUAUAACCUACUGGGUCAACAUUGAGGUGAAACAACAUCCCCAGAAAGGCUCUAUAUUUCGUGACACUCCUUUCCAUCUUACUGUGCAUUGUAGCUUUGCACUGGCCCAAAUGACUCAACUUGGCAUUGAGGUUAAGAGAGAGAAAUCUGAGUAUCCAUCAACAUUGAAGAGCAAAGGAAUACUAAGGACUGAAAUGAGGUUUGCCAAAGAUUCCUCUUACAGGUCUUUCUAUUCCUCUCGAGACCCUCCAACAGUGACUGAGCUUGGCCAGCCUGUAUACGUGGAGGUGUUUGUCCUCAAACAUGAGGACAAGGACUUGGUGCUGCUGCUGGAGGACUGCUGGGCCACGCCGACUGAAAACCCCCAUGACCCACAACGAUGGAACCUGCUUGUUAAAGGGUGUCCUUUCACUGGUGAUAGACACAGAACUAUUGUAUUGCCAGUUGUGUCCAGUAAGGAGCUGAUGUAUCCCUCUCUUCACAAAUGGUUUGUGGUCAAGCUGUUCUCAUUUGUAAAGCCCCCAACAUUUGAAAACCAGGUAUAUUUCCACUGUGAUAUAGAGAUCUGUAAAGGACCAGACUGCUUACAGUCCUGCAGCAAUGGACAGCGUAAAUUAAGAAGAAUCACACCUGGGCCAGGACAGAGAAUUCUUUACAGUGUAGUCUCUUGUGGACCUCUUUUUAUCUAGUUUAAACAACCAGAAAAAGGACAGCUACUUCAAGUCACAUUUGGAAGCACCUAGACUGAGAACAGUUCUGCCAAGAACUGUCCAUGUUUUGUAAUAAAAAUAAAUCUAUACCUUACAAUAAUGGCCUUAGAAAGGCCUCCUUUACAUCAUUUUCAUUCUAUCAAGUCAACUCGUGCUGAUUUUAUCAAAUUAACCUUGAAUCAUGCAAGUUGUCAGGAGGGCCACUUUUAAAUUCAAGGUUCCUGUCCUCAAAACACGACUGGGUGAGCAGCAUUACCACUUGACAUUAAAACUGGGCGUGCACCAAAUGCCCUGUUCCAACCAGAGCCCUAAGAAGUACCUUUCUGAGUCACAUACAGUAACUUAGC